GAGCAGAGAGAACAUGACUAAGGAAGAUGACAAGAUGAUUCCAGUGCGGGUGGCACUGCGCUGCAGACCACUGGUGCCUAAAGAACUCAACGAAGGAUGCCAGUGCUGCCUUACCUUUGUGCCAGGAGAGCCACAGUUGGUGGUGGGCAACGACAAAGCAUUCACAUACGACUAUGUGUUUGAUCCCACGACAGAGCAGGAGGAGGUGUUCAACGCUUCCGUUUCACCUUUACUUUCUGGCCUUUUCAAAGGAUACAAUGCUACGGUGCUAGCCUAUGGCCAGACUGGCUCAGGAAAGACUUUCUCCAUGGGAGGUACCUACACAUCGGCACAAGAAAACGAACCUACCGUUGGCGUCAUACCCAGAGUGGUGCGGAAAAUAUUUCAGGAGAAAGCCAAGAGGGCGGACUGUGAAUUUGUCCUUUUUGUAUCGUAUCUUGAGAUUUAUAAUGAAGAAAUUUUGGAUCUUCUGUGCCCAUCAAAGGAUAAACCUGUUAUUAGUAUCAGAGAAGACCCAAAGGAAGGCAUCAAAAUUGUAGGACUGACAGAAAAGGCGGUUUUUACAGCUCAGGAAAUGGUAGGCUGUCUGGAGCUUGGGAACUCUGCUCGUACCGUGGGCUCUACAGCUAUGAACGCAGCCUCAUCACGUUCGCAUGCUAUAUUUACGAUCAACUUGGAGCAGCGCCGUGGAGGUGACAAAAACGACAUGAUGGUCUCCAAACUGCACUUGGUGGAUCUUGCUGGAUCAGAGAGACAAAAAAAAACUAAAGCAGAAGGAGACAGACUGAAGGAGGGAAUCAGCAUUAACAAAGGCCUGCUGUCUCUGGGAAACGUAAUCAGCGCCCUUGGUGACGACAGUAAGAAGGGCACCUUUGUGCCUUACAGAGACUCCAAGUUGACCCGUCUGCUACAAGACUCUUUAGGAGGGAACAGUCACACCUUAAUGAUUGCCUGCAUCAGUCCAGCCGACUCCAACAUUGAGGAGACGAUCAACACACUUCGCUAUGCAGACCGUGCUCGUAAAAUCAAGAACAAGCCUGUUCUCAAUGUCGAUCCACGUGCUACAGAGAUGAAACGGCUCAAGCAGCAGGUGCAAGAGCUGCAAGUGAUGCUACUUCAUGCUCGAGGAGGAGUAGCUCCUGUUCUCUCAGGGUCUGAGCAAGGUGAGAAUGUGUCUAAGAUUGUGGAACGUAAUCGCCGUCUGCAAGAAGAAAACAGUAAGCUGAGUCGAGAACUCAGUGAGGCUGUAGGACAGACUGCCCUUAUGUGUGAAAGGAUCAUCAUGACUGAGCAAACCAACGAGAAACUGCAAAACAAACUAGAGGAACUGAGGGAGCAUGCUGCGUGCAAGGUUGACCUUCAAAAGAUGGUGGAGACCCUAGAAGAUCAGGAGCUAAAGGAGAACGUAGAGGUCAUCCGCAACCUUCAACAUGUCAUUCUAGAGCUACAAAGUGAAAGUGCUGGGAUUGCAGCCACCAUAGAUGCAAUGACGUCAGGCAAUUCAACCUCUCUUGAGGUUGAUGCAGAAGGCAAUGCUGUCGAUGCGAGUGGCAGUCCUGCUAGUGGCUCACCUGUGGCCAGCAGUUCUGAUUCCCAAGCGGCCUACACUACCCAGCAUGCUCUUAGACAGGCUCAACUCUCCAAGGAGCUGAUUGAGCUUAAUACAGUCCUUGCUUUAAAAGAGGCCUUUGUCAAGAAAAUGUGCCAGAAUGACAGCCACUUGAAACCUAUACAGACAGAAUAUCAGGAGAACAUCAAAAACCUACAGUCUGAGGUUGGAUCUCUGCAAAAAGAGAAGGAAGAUCUCAUCCUCGCCCUGCACUCUGCUAAGAAAGACGCCAAUCAGGCCAAAUUGAGCGAGCAGCGCAGGAAGAGGUUGCAGGAGUUGGAAGGGCAUAUCUCAGAUCUGAAGAAAAAACUGCAGGACCAAUCUAAGCUCUUGAAGCUCAAAGAAACUUCAGUGCGCAGUGUUACCAAGCUUAAUCAUGAAAUUCAGGCUAUGAAAGCUCAGCGGGUGCAGUUGAUGAGGCAGAUGAAAGAGGACUCUGAGAAGUUUCGAAUCUGGAAGCUGAAGAAAGAUAAAGAAGUUUUGCAGCUUAAAGAAAAAGAUCGUAAACGACAGUAUGAAAUGCUUAAGCUGGAACGUGAUUUCCAGAAACAGGCAAAUGUGUUACGCCGCAAAACUGAGGAGGCUGCCGCAGCCAACAAGCGCCUGAAGGAUGCCCUACAGAAAAGAAGUGAGGUGGCUGAGAAGCGCAAAGACACCCAAAACCGUGGCAUGGAGGGAGUUGCAAGCAGAGUAAAGACAUGGCUUCUGAAUGAAAUAGAGGUGCUGGUGAGUACAGAGGAGGCCCGGCGUCAUCUACAGGACCUCCUAGAGGACAGAAAGAUCCUGGCUGAGGAGAUCUCACAACUCCGCCAGCAGAUGGACUCUGGAGACAGACCUGCUGCUAAAGUCAGGCGCCGUACCCUGACCAUCUCUGAACUAGAGGGCAAAGGGAAUCUGGAGGCUUCAAUCAGUAAACAAGUGGAAAACCUAGAGACUGAGAUGGGCCUCAGGAGUGCUCAGAUAGCUGACCUGCAACAAAAAGUUCUGGAUGCAGAUAACGAGGUUCGUAUGAAACAGCGUUGGGACUCCAUCACUACCAUCGUGGAGGCCAAGAGUGCAUUAAAAGUCCUCAUGUCUGAGGUUGUGGUAUCCAAGACGUCAAAUGCCAAGCUGGAGAGUGAGCUAAAGCAGGAGCGGGCCAACCACAUUGACUUGCAGAAGGUUCUGUGCGAUGAGAGGAAGGUUAUGUCCGCAAUGGACAUGGAACACCAAAGUCAUCUGGUGGAGCUGGAGCAGAGACACCAGGAGAAGGUGCUGUAUCUCCUCAGUCAGCUCCAGAACAAGCCUGUAGCAAAGGCGCAUGAGAAGGAUGAGCAGGAGAUAUCCAAGAGGGAGCGUGAAAUGUUACAGCGUUUGAAGUUCCAGGAGGAAGAAAUUGAAAAGAUGAAAGAACUAACUGAACAAAAUCAGAAACUCAUGGAGGAAAAUGAACAAUACAAACAGAAAUUACUUCUGGCUCAGCUGACGAGUGCAAAGAAAGUAACAAAUGAAUCCCCUGACACUUCAUUUGAAUACAUCCCUCCUAAGCCCAAGGCUAAAACCUCAACAGCACGUGCACCGCUGCAGGAACCUCAAAUUGACCUUGAUGAGCUUGUGUCUCCCUCCGAGUCUGAGGAGGAGGAGGAGUGGCGGCCAGAAAAGAAAGAAAAAGCUCGACGAGGUUCCAGAAAAUCUAAAAUGACUGGGUGUGCAUGCAAGGGACGCUGCGUCAAUAAACUCUGCCGCUGCCGGAAGGGAAGAAUGACGUGUGGCGAGAACUGUCUCUGUGACCAUCAAAAGUGUCGCAACAUGGAGAACCGGGAUGGUGACAUGAAUGAUGUCUCCAAAGACUCUGUAUCCAUUCCUGAGGACCCCACAGCUGUAAGCCCUCGAGAUGCCACCUUCUUUAGGCCUCCAUGUGUACCACCAACUACAAAGGAAAUCGGCGACAUGGGCAACCUCUCUUCAGUUUUGAAGCUGGAGAAGAAGCCGAUUCCCGCUGAUGUUGACAGUGACAGUGAAGACUCUGAAGAGCCCAGCAUGCCCAGCUUUCUGAGGAAGAACAAGAGAGGACUAAAUAACUUCAAGAAUAGCUUCUUCUCUGGCUGUACACCUGUUCGUGAGGAAUCCUGAGGUAGUUAAGGCAGGCGCUCUUGCCAGCUAGCUCUCUUCUAAUUUUCCAUGUCUGUCUCGUCUUGCUUUAUAUGUUUUUUAUAUUUGUCUGUAAAUGUGUUACAACUUUUAAUCGUAGCUCCUCUAAUGUGAAUAGUCCACCUGUACCACACUGGGGCAAAGUUACAAUUGCUAACACCUGACUUACCUUGAAUUAGACUAAUUCAUAACACUUUUUCAGUCUAAUAUUGGAAUAUCAGGAAUGUUUUAGCUUGAUUUCUUAGAUUAGAUCAAAGUCUUUUAUGAAUUUAAGUUAAAUGACCUUCGUGAUUACCUGUGCAGAUAGUCUUGAUACAAUGAUGCAUCCUGUCUGUUAAAGCUGCUCUGUUUUAACAGCUGGCCAGUGUGUCUAGAUGUUCUUAAAAAGGCGAAUUUUGUAUAAACAAUAAAAAUGACUUCAUCCUCUCA